UGUGAAGAGGAAUUGGAAGAAGCAGUCGCAUUCUUGGAAAAGUUGUUGUCUCUCCGGACAACAGGCGGGUUGAACAUACGGGUUCCUGCAUAUGAAAGUUUUACUAUUGUCAAAGCCGAAAUUUUAGACCCUGAACAUAAUCUGGAAAAGGGUGUAGUGGCCACUGUUGAUGACGUAUGCUGUCAGGUGUCAUACGAACUUGGAACAUAUCAUUUCUACAAGGAGAAUUACAAAAAGGCUGGGGAGCUUUUUGAAACUGCUCUCUCCCUCCAUCCAAAGGUGAAAAAGAAAUUGGUAUGCCAUUUGGACAUGGAGCGACUAAAGGGCUUCUGUGUGGCAUGUCGUCCAGCUACCACCAAGAAAAUCACGUCCCCACUGGAAAAGCUGAAAGCUACUUUGCAUGGCAACUGCAAGGCAACAGUAUCUGUGCUUCUUGAGGACAAUGUGAAGCAAGAGAUUCCUCUGUGGGAAAGGGAACUGCUGAAGUCGUUGUCCACCAACUUGCAGCCGGUACGGAGGUGGCUGCACAGGUGUCGCUCUGCAACUGCGUGCGCCGUGUAAUCGAUGGAGAGCUGUUUGUAUGCGGGGCUCAGGUGAACUUUGCAUCCCUUGACAAGGGCUGUGUCAUCUUCCUUAGUGAGGCACUGAAUGCUGUUAUCCCAACACUGAAUGAAAAACAAAUGGGCUUUUUGAAGAAUUUUGUAGGAUAUCUGUGCAAUGCCUCAGCGGAUGUAGCCAAAACACUUUCCUGCUCUGGUGUGAUGCAAAAGUACUUCCCAUUGGAUCAGGUUACCCCACCAGGUGAAAUACCACCAAAGAUUCCUCUAGAGAGGAUCUUCUUUUCUGGUGAG